AUGUCUGUUCCUUCGCGGCGAAUUUUAUUAACACUAUUCACAUCAAAGAAUUGCUCUCUUUGUGAAGAGGCAAAGAUCGUCCUCGAGCGCGUUCGCCACAAGAUACCGUUUGAACUCGAACAAAAAGACAUACGCGCUCCCGGGAAUGAGAAAUGGUUUGAAGAAUACAAAUAUGAUAUUCCUGUUUUACAUCUUAACGGCAGCUUUCUGCUAGAACACAGAGUAAACGAGGAGACCCUUGAGAAAACUCUGACGAAAUUCAACAGAGAUGGAGUGGUCGAAUAA